AUGCUGUUGCGACUACGAGGGCCGGAUGGCAUGAUCCGGCUAGCGGUGGAGGAGACCACGACCUUUGGAGAACUGGGAGACCAGCUGUUGCCACACCUUCCGAGCACCGUUGAUCCCAAGACCAUCACCCUGUCAAAUGCUCCAAACGGAGGCGAUGCCAAAGUCCUGGUUGAGAUAGCAAAAUUCAAGGUUGGACAAAUCGGACUCAAACAUGGCGAUUUAAUUUUCAUCAACUACAAACACGCCAACGUGACCAACGGGGCUACCAAUGGCGAUGACUCGGCCAAGACAACAUCCGGAAGACUUAACGGCAAGCCCGUCUUACCGACAGAAGAUAUGCCAAUUAACCCACGAGUAGAGAGAAUAUCCAAGCCCUGGGAAGUAGUCAAGCAAUCUGCGCUCGACAACCGGCUAGACAAAUUGGAUGGAAAGAUCCCCAGAGGCCGCGACAAGAUGUGCCGACACGGACCCAAAGGCAUGUGUGACUAUUGUCAACCGCUGGAUCCGUUUGAUCCUGGAUAUCUUGCCGAAAAGAAGAUCAAAUAUCAGUCCUUUCACUCACACCUCAGAAAGAUCAACUCCUCAACCAAUAAGCCGGAGCUCGGUAGCUCUUAUAUUCCUCCACUUGUGGAACCCUUUUACCGAGUGCGACGGGAUUGUCCUACCGGCCAUCCUCCGUGGCCAGAAGGGGUAUGCACAAAGUGCCAACCAAGCGCCAUUACCUUGAAUCCACAGCAGUUUCGAAUGGUCGACCAUGUUGAAUUCGCAUCACCGUCCAUCGUUGAUUCCUUCAUUGAUGCAUGGCGCAGGACCGGUUCACAGAGAAUUGGUUUUCUUUAUGGCCGGUACGCAGAAUACACUGAAGUUCCGCUUGGUGUCAAGGCUGUCGUGGAGGCCGUCUACGAGCCGCCGCAAGUAGAUGAACUGGACGGCAUAACGCUAAACGCCUGGGGGAACCAGAAAGAAGUCGAGCACAUAGCCCAGCUCUGUGGACUAGAACCUGUCGGUGUCAUUUGGACAGAUUUGCUGGACGCGGGUCGGGGCGACGGCUCAGUGGUCUGCAAGCGCCAUGCUGAUUCAUACUUCUUAUCGUCUUUGGAAAUUUGCUUUUCAUCGAGAUUACAAGCACAACACCCCAAGCCGUCAAAAUGGAGCGACACCGGCAGAUAUGGCUCCAACUUUGUGACUUGCAUUAUUACGGGAAAUGAACAAGGCGAAAUCGGCAUCUCUUCAUACCAGAUGUCGAAUGAAGCAGUUGAGAUGGUGCGGGCUGACAUUGUGGAACCAUCUGCCGACCCGACGGUUAUGCUGGUUCGAGAUGAGGAGGAAGACGAUGGAUCUGUCAGCCGGACACGGUACAUUCCCGAAGUAUUCUAUCGCAAGGUGAACGAAUAUGGCGCCAACGUUCAAGAGAACGCUAAACCUUCAUUCCCUGUCGAGUAUCUCUUUGUCACUCUUACACAUGGCUUCCCCGCAGACCCGAAGCCAACAUUUACCCAGACAGGAUUCCCUAUUGAAAAUCGCGAAUACAUUGGGGAGUCCCAAGAACAUUCUGCUCUUUCCAAAGCUCUCAACUUAUCCGACACCGGCCAAGAGGUUUCUAACUUUCAUCUACUAUGCUUCCUCCACCAAAUGGGCAUUCUAUCCAAGGACGAGGAAGCAUUGCUGUGUCGAGUCGCGAGUCAACACGAUCUCGCCGAAUCUUUCCAACUACGUUCAACAGAAGGCUGGCAAACCCUCCAGGCUAUCCUGCAAUCGACUGGUGAGCGACUCCCCAAGCGUCCGCGAGAUGGCCAUGCCACCACCUCGGCAGACUCCUCUGCGUAUGAUUUUUCGACGCGUCAUGUUAGUGCGCGUGACUCGGGUGAGCCACUUACUAAACGCUUUGCUGCCUUCAGGCUGAACGAACGCCGGACGCCGAACCGAGACGCUUAA